AGUGCACGAUGCUACUACAAGCGCUCACACGGCUCGAAGCCUCCAGCUCUCGGGCGCUCCUUCAUAUACGACCUCUCCCCGCCACAUGCCGCCGUACAUACGCUCUCAAGGUCCCCCAACCUCCCGCUGAGGGCAAGGAAGCAUCACCAUUCACCACCUCUCCUCGUGCCGUACGUCUUCGGCGACAUCGUUUCGGCACCGGCGAGGUCGUAGAGGUCGAUGGCGUCAAAAUGUCUGAUGCAGACCACAGAAGAUGGCAGUGGCUUGUGCAACAAGAUAAAAUCCCAGCAGGCGUUACGUUAAAGGCCUGGCUCGCCGAGCGUUAUGCCUGGAGAAGUCGUAUUCGUGGUGUCAAGUACUCGCGUAGGGAACCCACAACCGUCAACCCGUUAUCCGAUGCUAUGGGGGGGAAGACGAAGGUUGACGCAGAUGGAAAGGUGGUAGAAGGUGCGGAAGGAGUGGAGACAAGUGAGGGGGCGGUAACUGAAGAGGAACUUCAACACCACCUAUCACUCAAGCCGAAGGAAAUUGUGGGUCAGCGUAUAUAUAUGCCCAACUUUAUCGUUCGCCUUGUGCGAAACACGACCCCUCCCGGCAAACCGUACGAUCCGUACAUGGCAACCUUCCGUAUCCCGCGAGGGCUCACCAAGAUGGACAUCAAGUCUUACCUCUGGGCCGUCUACGGUGUCGAAACGACUUUUGUUCGCACGGAGAACUUCAUCUCUCAGAUUGUUCGCAGCUUGGACGGAGGAAAGAAGAUGCGCAUGUCUCGCCGAACCUACAAGCGUGCUCUCGUUGGUCUCGUCGAGCCAUUCUAUUAUCCGGCAGCGAAGGAGGACAUGACUACUGAGGAGCGCAAGGAGAGGGAACAAUGGGAAGAGGAGAAUUUCCAAAAGACCUGGAUGGAAAAGAUGCAGAAGGAGCAUCAGGCGAAGGUGCGGGGAUGGAAACCAAAAGGCGAUAUGACCGGUGCGCGUUCGAAGAUCCUGCGGGAGAUCUUACGGCGAAGGGCGGAGCGGGAGGGGUUGGCCAUUCCCCUCGGAAGUUACAGGCCUGCAGAGACCGCAGAAGCAUAGUUCAC